AUGGUUCUGCGGGAAAAGGGCCCGACCCUUGUCGGGGUCCUCUGGAUGGAGACAGUGAUAUGUUUGAUCGUGCUUGGGCUGCGGGUUUACACUCGAGUCAGGAUUCUUCGCAACCCUGGCUGGGAUGACUUGUUGCUGGUGAUAACGUGGUUUUUGAUGGUGGCCUUUGCAGGAUUAUGUACCGGAUCUGCUGCCUAUGGAAUGGGAGUCCAUGCAGAGUUCCUCUCACAGCAUGAGACAAGCCGCGCGAUGCUGCUGCUCCUGAGCGGCCAGAGCGUGGUGGCCAUUGCCAUGGGCAUUAGUAAGUUCGCGGUGGGUGUGUUCUUGCUGCGUAUUGUCGUCAGCAAAUGGCACAAGGCAUUUCUGUGGUUCUGGAACAUCAGCAUCAUGGUCCUCAGUAUUCUGCUGGCCAUUACGGUGUUUGCACAGUGCACACCGGUCCAGUCAAUCUGGGACACGAGAAUCCCCAAGGACAGCUGUCCGUUGAGUCUCACUGUGAUUGCAACCGUCAUGUGUGCAUGGUCUGCGGCCCUCGACUUUGUGCUGGCUCUGUUCCCCUGGUACGCCCUCUGGGGCCUGAACAUGAAGCGCAAGGAAAAGAUCACAAUCUGUGCAUCUCUCAGUCUGGGCAUCUUUGCCGGAGUCUGCGGUGUCAUCCGGACCAGGACCCUCGACUCAUUGUCCCAAUCGACCGAAUACCUAUAUGCGACAACCGACUCCGUCAUCUGGACCAACUCCGAACUGACCACGACGAUCGUCUGCGUCUCCGUCCCUGCCCUCCGUCCUCUCUACCGGUCCAUCCGCGGCCUGGCCUCCUCCAAGGACGCCUCGAACUACAACAACCUCGGCGGUUCCUACGGCAAGUCCAGCGCCAACCGAAGCAGACAGCCCAGCUACGGGAUGGACACUCUCAUCUCAAGCAGAAUCCAGGGCGACGACGGUCAGGACUGCGUGGUCACCAGCAACGGCAAGACGGUGGAAAUCGACGACGGCGACGACAUCGACACCAGACGCAUCCUACCUAGAAACAGGGACACCGCGCAGAAUAUCUACCAGGUGAAGGAGGUCAUCGUGUCGUACGAGGACCGCAGGAAUGGCGAGGGAUCUGUUGGCGAGAGCAUGCCCCCUCCUCCAGUGAGGGCCAGGCAGCAUAUUUGA